AUGGCUGAAAUCCGUCGCAAGCUCGUUAUCGUCGGUGACGGUGCUUGUGGUAAGACUUGUCUCUUGAUUGUCUUCUCCAAGGGAACUUUCCCAGAGGUCUACGUCCCAACCGUCUUUGAGAACUACGUUGCCGAUGUCGAGGUUGAUGGCAAGCACGUCGAAUUAGCUCUUUGGGAUACUGCUGGUCAGGAGGACUACGACCGUCUUCGUCCCUUGUCCUACCCCGACUCACACGUCAUUUUGAUCUGCUUUGCUGUCGACUCUCCCGAUUCUUUGGACAACGUCCAGGAGAAGUGGAUCUCUGAGGUUCUUCACUUCUGCCAAGGGCUUCCUAUCAUUUUGGUUGGAUGCAAGGUCGAUCUCCGUGAUGACCAGAAGACUAUCGAUGAGUUGAACAAGACCUCUCAGCGACCCGUCACCUUUGACCAGGGUGAGGAGGUCCGAAAGAAGAUUGGUGCCUACAAAUAUCUUGAAUGCUCUGCUCGUACCGGCCAGGGUGUCCGUGAAGUCUUCGAGACUGCCACCCGGGCAGCUCUCUUGACCAAGUCUCACAAGCCCAAGAAGCCCUGCAGUAUCAUGUAA